AGUCGUGUUCGAAAAAAAUGUCAAAGGAUAGACAGAAAAUCUCCAGUGAAAAAUUUCUGAAAAAAUGAAAAUUUAGAAAAGAACAAUGAAUUAAGUGAAUAGAAACGAAGAUCCGAUUAUAAGUUACAUUAAAAUGAAUGUGAAAACAAAGGAGAAGGAUUUAUUGAAAAACUGUAAAUGCCUACACAUAGUGCACGACAAACUUUUAAAAAGGCGUACCUCUUAAGAUUUUCGGUCUCGACGAAUUGAUUGUUUUUUUAGGGAUCAGUGCGUAGAAAAAAGUUUAAUUAUACUUGCUAUCCGAAAAUAAUUGGACUUAAAUUAUAGAGAUCUAUAGAAUCUGAAGUGGAAAACUUUAUCAGUGUUAAUUUCCGCAUAUUCAAUAUUUUCCAUUGAAUAAAGCAGAAAAAAAUGUUUAUUUUCAAUGAAAAAAAUGCAAAUUAGGUGUGAGUGUAAAACGGUUGGUUAUUGAAACCGUCAAACUUAAACAAAUUAUUGCCGACACAUUACCACCCAUCAAUUCAAUUUAAUUGAGUUUGUGUGCACUAGCGAUGAGCCAAUUGUCUCAAGGAGGUCCAAGCACAAGCAGCGAUAUGCCGGCUGAGUCCAGACCAAAGCAGGUAACCGUCAAGCAUCCCGAGUCGAACAAACCGAAACCGACCGCCAAAAAGAAACCAAUACAAGCGGAUUUGGAUGUUUUAAAGGAAUUCAUUCGAUGUCGCGAUGAAAACAUUCAGAUAUUAGACUUGAGCAAAUCAUCCAUCACAUUGAUACCAUCGACCGUACGAGACUGUACAUCAUUGACGGAAUUCUAUCUCUACGGCAAUAAAAUAUCAACACUUCCAUCCGAAAUCGGUUGCCUACAGAAUUUGCGAACGCUGGCACUGAAUGAAAAUUCACUGACCUCACUUCCCGACUCACUACAACAUUUGAAACAGCUGAAAGUGUUGGAUCUGCGUCAUAAUAAAUUGUCCGAAGUGCCGGAAGUUAUUUACAAACUGAACACACUGACCACAUUAUAUCUACGUUUCAAUCGUAUCCGCAGUGUCGGCGAUGAAAUAAAGAAUUUAACACAAUUGACCAUGCUCAGUCUACGAGAGAAUAAGAUUCGUGAAUUGCCAUCCGGUAUAGGAUUUUUGGUCAAUCUGACCACAUUGGACGUAUCACACAAUCAUCUCGAACAUUUGCCGGAAGAAAUUGGCAAUUGCGUCAAUUUGACAUCGCUGGAUUUACAGCACAACGAACUGUUAGAUAUACCCGAAUCGAUUGGCAACAUGCAGCGAUUGGUUCGGCUCGGUCUGCGCUACAAUCAACUAUCACAAAUUCCCGCUUCAUUGAAGAAUUGCAGGCAAAUGGACGAAUUCAAUGUUGAAGGAAAUCGUAUCGCACAAUUGCCAGAUCAAUUACUGGCUAGUCUUAGCUCACUAACCAGCAUCACGUUGUCCCGGAACGUGUUUCAAAGCUAUCCGUCUGGUGGACCGGCUCAAUUCACCAGUGUGACCAGCAUCAAUUUGGAACACAAUCGCAUCGACAAAAUCCCGUACGGUAUAUUUUCACGAGCCAAAGGUCUCACCAAGUUGAUAAUGAAGGAGAAUGCACUAACAUCGCUACCAUUAGACAUUGGGACGUGGGUGAAUAUGGUCGAAUUAAAUUUGGGCACAAACAGCCUGACAAAAUUGCCAGACGACAUCCAUUGUCUGCAGAAUUUGGAGAUAUUGGUACUAUCCAACAAUUCGUUGAAGAAAAUACCGAACACUAUUGGUAGUCUACGUAAGUUACGGGUGCUUGAUUUGGAAGAAAAUAGAAUCGAAGCGUUGCCCAGCGAAAUCGGUCUACUACACGAUCUACAACGUCUCGUACUACAAUCGAAUCAAUUAACAGCAUUACCGCGCACAAUAGGUCACCUUACUUCUCUUACGCAUUUAUCGGUCGGUGAAAAUAAUUUGCAAUUUUUGCCAGAGGAGAUUGGCACCCUGGAAAAUCUGGAAAAUCUUUACAUCAACGACAAUCAAAAUUUGGUUAAAUUGCCGUACGAGUUAGCAUUGUGUUCCAGUUUGACUAUAAUGAGCAUCGAAAAUUGUCCAUUGAGUGCAAUACCGCCGGAAAUAGUGAGUGGAGGACCGUCCUUGGUCAUACAAUAUUUGAGGGUUCAUUCACCCUACCGUCAGAUGUGAUGAUGCUAUUUAGAAGAUUCGGACACGAUGCAACAUUUUACGUUGAGUACUACACAAGUUGUUGUUGUUUGUUUGUUUGUUUAUUAAUCGUA